AUGCAGCCUAAAAGCUGCUUCCAUGGUCGUGCGAACGCCUAUCUUGUUUGCCCAGUUUGCAAGGCGCCGCUCUCCACCCUGCGAGUCCCCGCCAGCCGCAAGGGGCGCCUUGCUCAGCGCGAGCCUGAAGUCCUGGGCAGGCUAGGCGCUUUAUUUAGGAACUCUAUCAGCUGUUGUCGGUUUCGCUUCCUGCUUUGCAGAGGUUCGCUUGCAAGAUCUGUGCUGGGGAAGGGAGGCUCUGAUCGCCCGGCGUCUCUCUUUGGGCUGCAGCGCCUUGGAUUGUCGGUGGAAGGGAAGAGCGGGGCAGAGACCCGGGAAUGCGGCUUUCUUUCCACCCGCGGAAGGGAGCGACUCGGCGCAGCUCGUGGCCGGAUUUCAGGCGCUCCCAUGAGUCCAGGGCGGUCUCGGUAUCCCUUGCGGGCGCGCAAGUCACCAUCCCGGCAUUUGCGCUCCGGUGCUCCAAGUCAGGGAUUAGACAAUGAGGACAGACAGACAGACAGAAACCAGCCCAGCUACUUAGAACCUUGGAUUGUGAAUCUUCUGUUGCAGUACAAUGAAUCAGAAGCCAGGCCAGAAGGACAAUUUGGACAAGUCUUAAAGGUUUUGAAUGAGGCAAGCACUCCUGAUCAAAAUGGGCAGGAACCAGCAGCUAUUGUGCACAUUGCCGAUGGACGUCACUACAUCCAAGCAGUGGUUCCAGCUAGAGCCAUUCAGACAGCAAAAUGCUUUCCUCCGCAGUCUGGGUUUUCCAGUAUUCUUGGCCAGUUCAUUGUCCUCCAGAAUUUUAGAGUGUGUGUUAAAGAGGCAACCAAAAUGGAGGACAGCGGAUUCUACCUAGAACUCAAUUGUUUCCGUGUGACGUCCAUGAAGAGAAGGGCAAUGAGGCAGCAGGAUUGCAAUCGGGAGCCAUCAGUGCUGCAAAAGAUAAAGGAACUGUGGCUGAGAGGCUUUGCUCUGCAGCCUUUGCCCAGCUCAGAGCCGUCAUCAGUUUCAGAAGUACUGAGGGAAAUGAAGCAGGAUAAGCUCAGCACCCUGAAAAAAAACAUUGAGGAUUGCCUCAGUUCAGUGGACCCCAGAAACCUGUUGGAUGCAGAGCAAUUAGCUGUAUAUCCUGACACCAAAUGGCAGGUGGAACGCAAGCAAGAUAAGGUGCAGCGCCAAGACAUCUUCACAGUCCCAGCCAAGCUCCUGGUGAUUGGUGCAGAAGAUGAGGCAGUUCUUUCCAGUUCUUACCCACCAAAACCUUCUCAUGUUGCUUCCGAUAGCGAAAGCAGUCCAGAUGAUGACCACAGCACUAUAUCAUUUAUCAGUGCAGCGGAAGCUGAAACGCUUGAUGGCCCCAUGGAAAACCCUUGGGACAUAUUUCCAGGGAUGACUUUGAUGUCCUCUAAGGAAAUGUCAGACAUGCAGCCCAGCCUUCCCAAUACACAGCAGAUGUUCCUUGCUAGUACUGCUGAAGAAGAGAAUGCUGCAGGCUCCAGUAGCUGCACCCCAGAUGGUCUGCACUCUUGUGAUCCUGCACCCCACUGUAGUUCUACUCACAACGAGCCAGGGGACGUGACAUCCCCAUCACUGCUUCCUCCUCACAAAGAAGGCAACAAUCCGGAAUCCAUAUCUGAUACAGAUGGGAGCAGCAUUCCCAAUGGCCAGCCACUGAAGAACUCAGAUUCUCAUGCCAGCGCAUGCUGCCUUUCUCCUGUCUGCCUCACCAUCAGGAGCACCCUCCCUCCUAAGCCUUUAUCUGAAGACGUGGAAGAAAAUCAACCAGCAGAUUUGCAAAGGGAGAUGGUGAUGGUGAGAGGAGCUGGAGAAAAAUCCCUAGAGACCAGCAGGAAAUACGGGGCACCCAAAAGAAAACAGUUGAUGCCUGAUGACGAGGAAUCUGCCGAAACUUCCCACAGACCAUGUUGCAUCAGCCCCAAAGGCCAAGACUCAACUUCUGCUAUGGCCUCACCAAAAUUCAGUAGGCUAGAUAGGCAGCGAGUGGCUCGGAAGCCACCUUUGGUAUUUGUGAGGGAGAGCACGCCUAAGAAGAGCCGGAUAGACGAAAUUCAUGUCCAGCAGCUUCAGGCAUCUGCCCAAUCCAGAUGUGCUGGGAGGCGCCUAGAAAAAAUGAAGGAGCAGACAGCCACUACUGGAAGACAAGCUGAUUCCUGUGAGGGCCAGCUUGGGGGCCAAAAGCAGGAUCGUGUGAGAAGAGCUGUUUUUCAUCAUGCAUAUCAGCCAGCAACAACUGAACUCUGCUCGCAAGUACAUUCUACAAGGAUCUCAAGAGCACUGCUGGGAUGGGCACGCUGGGUUUUCAGGAACGGGCAGAAGCAGUAGUAUUAAAGGAAUCUUCCUGUGCAGCUAAGACUGGAUGGAUACCUAUAUUUUACUUUUAAGAUAUUAAAUUAAUGUUGAGUAAUUAUGAUACUUGAUAUUGCGUAUAAUGAAACGCAGGGAAAGAAAAUUAAUUCACUUCAUGGCCUCAUCCAAGGGUUCUGCCCUAAAGGGAAAUCAGUUUCCUUAGGGGAUAAUUGGAUGGCAUUGCCUUCUGUGAGCAUCCCCCAAACACACAUUUUUAACAUGUACACCUAAACAAAAAGAACUCUAGUCCGUUUCUCAUUUGGUAUGUCUUGAACAACAACAAACUUGUACACAUGAGGGAAGCCCCUACAUGUUACUUCCUAUUCAUUUAAAAAAAAAUCACAAUAGAGCAUGUACUGCUUAGAAAUCUAUUGCUGGAAAAUCAUCCUUCCUCCAUGGGUUGAAUAGAGGCCUACAAGAAUCACCAUCUGAGCUUUCAACAACUGAUUUAGGAAACUUGUUAUAUAUUUGAAAAAUUGUUGCUGUAGGCCUCAUGGUUUAUGAAUGGCUCCAUAUGAUAUAUAGGACCACAAAAUACUGAGCAGGUACAGUAUUUUAAAUGAGCAUGAGAUAUUGCAUCUUCUCUGACCCCGAAGCAAACCUGUUCGUAAGAUUAGAUGACAUACCUCCUCUGCUCCGAGCACUACCCCUCGUUCCAUUUUGAGCAGAGGCUGCAUGUGAGUGGGGAUUUUUUUAGAGAGCAGUCCUCAAUCCACUUAAUUUACAGCUAGUCCCAUUUAUAUGAUUAUAAUUAUUCAGUUUCUCUUUCCUUAGGGGAAGAAAAUAGCAAGUUAUUUUGCAUCUUGAAAAGUGCUACACAAAUUUAAUAAUUUUGUUUUGGCUUUCAGAGGUAUGUGAAUUAUAUCCCAGUAAGGCGUUUUGCAAGAGCUGUAGAGUAUCAGGGAAGGAGCCGCCUGCUAGAUUCCUUUAUUGUUGAGAAUACGUUCUUGUGCCGACACCAGGUUAGGCUUUGAUUGAUUUAAUCAUCUCCCCAUUUCAUUUAAUUACAAAAUAUUUCAUAGAGCUUACAUGCUUGAUAGAAUGUUCUGGAGAGUAAAACAAAAUUAGGAAAACAACACGGCUCUCAUAGAAAAUAGACUUGUCUACCCUCUUUCCAAAAUUGAAUGUAACUCAAACAGGGUGGAGGCUGAAAUUAAAGAAAUUAAAGAAAAGUCUUUGCUCCUCUCCACAAAAAAAUCAUGCCCUUAAUGUAAAGGAAACCAGCUAUUUGUGCUAGAAUUUUUUUUAAAAAUGUACAUGCAUUAGUCUCCUGGACAACACAUAAGAAUUUCCUCUGGGUCUAAGUGAUUUUGUCUUUAGGAGUUUGGCAGUUGCAUUAUUCUUAGGCCAGACUGAUGAUAAUCUGUGUGAAGAAAUAAAUUUUCCACCUGCUGGGCUGCUCUAUGGCUUGCACAUAAGCAGGCGGUAAGAAAA